GGCUAGCGGAGGAGAGGCCCUUCCUCCACCAGCAGAAGAGUUGGAGGGGAAAGAAGAAGGAGCGACUCUUCUCCGCCUCUUCCUUUGCAGGGCCAAGCGCCUUUGCUUCACAACAUCUUCCGAUGGAGAAGGGAAGAGGUUCUUCAGCCCUGAUGGAGCCCAGAGUGAAGAUGGAGGAGCCAAACCAGACCAGCCCUGAAGGGGGGAGAGAGCCCUGCACAAUGUGGGGCAGGAGAAGGGUUGAGGUCCUAGGCAGAAUGGGUCUGGAUGUCCUGGAGGAGAAGGCCUUCAAUGCAAACCUUCAAUGCCAACGCUUCCAGUGCUUCUGCUAUGAGAAAGCCUUGGGUCCCCGAGAGGUGUGCAGCCGCCUCCACUCUCUCUGCCGCCUGUGGCUGAAGCCUGAGGAACAUACCAAGGCGGAGAUGCUGGACCUGGUGCUCCUGGAGCAGUUCCUGGCCGUCCUUCCUGCGGAGAUGGAGCGCUGGGUGAGGGAAUGUGGGGCAGAGACCAGUUCCCAGGCCGUGGCUUUGGCUGAAGGAUUCCUCCUGAGUCGGGCAGAAGAAGAGCGGCAGGAGAGAGAGGUCCUUCAGGCCCAGGAGGUCCCAUUGCAGACCAGCAAGACGUUCUCUUCUGGGUGGAUCAAGCUGGAGGAGGACAGAGGGGUUGCUCCAGUGGGGGAAGAGCCAAGGAUGCUGGGAAGCCUCAAUAGCUCAUUGCUUUGUGAAGCAGGUGAAACUGCCUCAGUAGAACAAGAUCAGGUGACUUUUGAGGAUGUGUCUGUUCAUUUCAGUGAGGAAGAGUGGGCCCUGCUAGAUCCAGAUCAACAGGCCCUGCAUUGGGAGGUCAUUGGAGAGAAUUAUAAGACAUUGGCCUCUUUUGGUGGUGCUGGAAAAGAGAGUGAAAAUGGAGGAGCACCAUGUAAAGCGUGGUUGAAAGAGGGAAACCUGGAAAUGGAAACAGAAAAAUAUACAAUGAACCAGUGCUUUGCUGACACCAAGGAAAUCACAAUCCAAGAAACAGUAGACGAAAGCUGGUUAAUCAGGAACUGCCUUGACUUUGAGAAUGGCUUUUUCCACAAAUCCUCAUGCCUGAAGGAUGAUAUCACAAAUGUUAUAGAGAAAGAACAAGCUAACUGCCAGCAAUUGGAAGAAAGCUUUGAAUCUAGUAUAUAUCUUAUAAACUAUGAGAAACCACAAAUUGUGGACACACCAUAUAUAUGCCCGGAGUGUGGAAAAUGUUUCCAUCAUGAAGGAGUCUUCAACACACAUCAAAAAACCCACAUGGGAGAGAAAUUGUAUGAAUGCCUAGAGUGUGGAAAAUGUUUCCAUCAUAAAGGAAGCUUGAGAAGACACCGAAAAUCCCACUUGGGAGAGAAGCCAUAUAAGUGCUUGGAGUGUGGAAAAGGAUUUACUGAAAAGAGAACUCUCAUUGGACAUGAAAGGAAUCACAGGGGAGAAAAACCCUAUCAAUGCCUGGAGUGUGGGAAAUGCUUCUGUCAAAAAGAAGCCCUGAGCUCACACACAAAAAUUCAUACGCAAGAGAAACCAUAUAAAUGCCUGGAGUGUGAGAAAUGCUUUCAUCAAAAAGAAGCCCUAAGCAGGCACGAAAAAAUUCACACAGGGGAAAAGCCAUAUACAUGCCCAGAGUGUGGAAAAUGUUUCCAUCAUCAAGGAAGCCUGAGAAGACACCGAAAAUCCCACUUGGGAGAGAAGCCAUAUAAAUGCCUGGAGUGUGGGAAAGGAUUUACUGAAAAGAGAAGUCUUAUUGGACAUGAAAUGAAACACAGAGGAGAGAAGCCCUAUAAAUGCCUGGAGUGUGGGAAAUACUUCUAUCAGAAAGAAGCUCUAAGCACACACACAAAACUUCACACGGGAGAGAAGCUAUAUAAAUGCCCGGAGUGUGAGAAAUGCUUUCAUCAAAAAGAAGCCCUAAGCAGGCACGAAAAAAUUCACACCAGAGAGAAGCCAUAUAAAUGCCUAAAGUGUGAGAAAUGCUUUCAUCAACAAGGAGCCCUCAGCUCACACGAAAUAAUUCACACAGGAGAGAAGCCAUAUAAAUGCCUGGAGUGUGGGAAAUGCUUUAAUCAAAAAGGAGCUCUAAGCUCACACGAAAAAAUCCACACAGGAGAAAAGUCUUAUAAAUGCCUGGAGUGUGGGAAAUGCUUCUAUCGAAAAGACGCCCUGAGCAGACACGAAAAAGCACACACAGGAGAAAAACCAUAUAAAUGCCAGGAGUGUGGAAAGGGCUAUAUUGACAAGAUAAGUUUCACUGGGCAUCAAAUGACCCACAGGGGAGAGGCGCCCUAUAAGUGCCAGGAGUGUGGCAAAGGCUUUAUCCACAAAAGAGGUCUCUUCCUGCAUGAGAUGAAUCACAGAGGAGAUAAGCCCUAUAGUUGCCUAAAGUGUGGAAAGAGUUUUAACUGCCCAUAUGUCCUGAAAAAUCACCAGAAUACUCAUGUCGAAGAAAAGCCCCACACAUGCCUGGAAUGUGGGAAGAGCUUCAGUUGGAUAGAAAGCUUCAGGUACCACCUAAAAACCCACACAGGAGAGAAGCCGUAUAAAUGCCUGGAGUGUGGCAAAGCCUUUUCUCAGAGGAAAUAUCUCACUGGGCAUCAGAUGCAUCACAGAGGAGAGAACCCCUAUCAGUGUCUGGAAUGUGGGAAGAGUUUUAUGUUCAAAUCAGGUCUCAAAAGUCAUCAGGACAGAAAGCAUACGCAUGCCAAGAGUGUGGGAAAAGUCCUGUCUUCAAAAUAGUCACACAAUAAGGAAAAUACAUCUGGACAGAAGACCGUUCUGGUUUUUGUACUGAUUCCCUCAUGAUCAGUGUAAAACAGUUAAUUCAAAACAUCUUGGGUCUUCCUUUGGCACACUUUAAGGAACAGUCCUGGCCUUGUGGAAUUGUCGAUGCCUCACCAGCUAAUAUGAUGUGGUAUCCACACUAUUUUCCUCCUUUUUAGAUGUAAGUUCUUGUGCUUGUUUUAGAAUGUCCAUUGAAAUUUGCUCAGUUUCUUCUACCCUUUAGCAGCAAAAUAAAGGUAUUUUAUGGC